AUGUCUCUCUCUACGCCAACGUCGGAAGACAUUGAGGAGCUGUUACUAUCAUGCCGCUAUGGUGACCUUGACGAUAUUCGGCAAUUCAUCGAUGGUUUCGGUGCAGACCCAGUCAACGACGCGCGCGAUGAGAACGGUAACACGGUCCUGCACAUGGUCUGCGCCAACGGACAUAUAGAAGCGCUAGAGUAUCUUCUCCCGCUCGUGUCGACAUCACUUCUGUCAGCACAGAACAAUGCACAAUCAACGCCGUUGCACUGGGCCGCGCUCAACUCGCAUCUCGCCGUCGCGCAAGCAUUGGUUCGGUAUCCCCAGGGACCCGGCAUCAGCCUGCUUGAUAUCAAGAACGCUGCUGGCCGGUCACCGCUGGGCGAGGCCGAGAAUGUGGGCUGGGAGGAGGGUGCGAAGUGGUUCGUCGAAGUGAUGAACCUUGACGAGGGUGCGAAAGACGAGGAGGUGGUCGCGGAGGGAACUGAGAACGUUGAGGUGGAGAUCCAGGAUGCAGAAGGACGUGUGGCCAAGAUGACCCUAGGGCCUCGCUCGACAGCGCCCUCAGAAACAAAAAACGACUCUGCGCCGGCGUCGACAUAGCCUAAAAUUUCCCAUCGUAAUGCGCCCAGUGAUUGCUGCUGGCCUUGGCUUGGUCUCUGGAUCUUGCUGCAGAACGUCUGGCAUCUCCGCGAUUGCACUGCAAAUGUUUCAUGUAUCAACUAGUAUACUCUUACGUCGGAACAAUCUUCCUUCUCAAUAAAGUUUCCUGGACAGUUGUGGCUUUCGCCAUCCGCAUUUCUUUUCAUGUCUUGUCUUGUCUUGUAGCGUGAACUCACUCCGGCGGAAUAUUG